AUUGCUUCAGGAAUGGAAUGAAUCAACUGUGCGGGCCCUGCAUUGUCGUACGUUUCCUUUAGUGUCCCAUUACACUGCAGCUCUAUCCGAAUCUGUACAGGUACAGUUUCCACGUUGACGGCAAACGGGUUGCGAAGCGGCUCGAAAUUCCUUUUUUGUGCUUCAAAGUCUCCAAAUCGCCGUAAGAACUCAGUGCGCAGUGUGCUCAGUUUAUCAGCAAAGUGCGCAUUAGGGAAGAUCAUUGCAACAACUUGGUUCAACAUUACUUGGCAGCAGGGAAAAUGAGGCAAGUUGCACGGGUGCAUCUGUGUCUCCCAUAAGAGCAGCUUCAUUUGAAAUGCUUUCACUGCAUCAUACAUGUCAGUGAUCAUGCGGUCACAUCCCUGAAGCUGAAGGUUCAAGGCGUUGAGACACGCCAACUCACUUUUCCACUUCUCGUCCCACAAAACUGUGGAGUCUUUUCCUUUACUGACAAAUUUCCUUGUGUAGCUCAAAAACUCUGAGAGCUUUUCCUCGACUCAGCCAACGUACCUCUAUAUGAUAUUUCUGCAAACUAUUUCUCGCAUGAAAGACUGAAAUUACCGGUGGUCCAAACCUUAAGCUCCGAUCAAGUUUACGGGUUGCAUAACAGUGCUCAUUAAAUGUUCCAUUUUUAACACUUUACCACACUGUGUAUCUUCAGUGUAUCUAUCUAACUCACCAGUACAGUUCUCCUCCUGCAUCUUUACUCGCAUCCUCCCCACGAGCCCACAUUUUCCACCACACAUCGCCGGUGCUCCAUCUGUUGUAAGUCCAACAAGUUUGUCCCAGACAGUUUUGAUUGUCUGUUGCAGUUGUAGUUUGCCCUCUUUUUGUGGCAGCACCAAACCAGAAUGUGAUGGAUGAACACAGGACUGAUUCGAUGACUGCUGUGUAGAACUGCCUCAACAGCUCCUGUGGCAGGCCGUGUUUCCUCAGAAGCCGCAAAAAGGACAUCCUCUGCUGGGCCUUUUUGAGAAUGGAGUUGAUGUUGGUCUCCCACUUCGGGUCCUGACAGACUGUAAUUCUCAGGGACUUGAAGGUCUCGCCGGUUGACAUCGCGCAGUUGGACAGCGUGAGGGGCAGCUGUGGCAAAGGAUGCCUCCUGACGUCCACGAUCACCUCUCCAGUCUUGAGCGUGUUCAGCUCCAAGUUGUGUCGGCCGCACUGCAGCUCAAGCCGCUCCACUUCCUAGCGAUACGCAGACUUGUCACAGUCUUUGAUGAGGCCGAUGACUGUGGUGUCGUCUGCAAACUUCAGGAGUUUGACAGCCAGUUCCCAGAGUGCGGCUUCUUUGGCAUGUACGACAAGAUCUUGCUAUUCCGCCAUGACCUAAAUGACGAAAACAUCCUGCAGAGGCUGACCUCAACAGAAGACAUCCAUGAGGGAGACCUAAUUGAGGUGGUGCUCUCCGCCCAAGCCACAGUUGAAGACUUCCAGAUUCGACCUCAUGCCCUUUAUGUCCACUCCUACAAAGCCCCCACCUUCUGUGACUACUGCGGGGAGAUGCUAUGGGGUCUUGUUCGGCAGGGGCUCAAAUGUGAAGGAUGUGGGCUAAACUACCACAAGCGCUGUGCCUUUAAGAUUCCAAAUAAUUGUACUGGUGUGAGGAAGAGGAGAUUGUCCAAUGUCUCGCUGCCCGGACCAUCCCUCUCUGUUCCCCGACCGGUACUUGCAGAGAAUGCGAUUGUCUUGGAUGAGCAGCAACAGCAGCAGAGAUCCCAUCAAGAAGCAGGGAAGCGAAUCCUCUCCUGGAGUGGCAGACCUAUCUGGAUGGAGAAGAUGGUGCUGGGUCGAGUUAAGGUGCCUCACACCUUUGCCAUUCACACCUACACUCGACCCACUAUCUGCCAGUACUGUAAGCGUCUGCUUAAGGGACUCUUUCGUCAGGGAAUGCAGUGUAAAGAUUGUAGAUUCAACUGCCAUAAGCGGUGUGCGUCAAAGGUACCAAGAGACUGUUUGGGUGAGGUGGAUUUCAAUGGAGAGCCAGCCAGUCCUGGCCCAGAGUCAGAGACCACUCUGGAUACAAUGGAAGUAGACAGCAGUGACAUGGAAGGCAGCAGAGGGCUGGAUGACCCUGAGGAACUCGCCACUCCAGAGGAGAGGAUGUUUGACAUGGAUUCUCCCUUCUUGGACCGAGACAAAGACGAGGAGCCCAUUAAGACUAUUAGCCCCUCCACAAGCACCAACAUCCCACUGAUGCGGGUGGUCCAGUCAAUCAAACACACCAAGAGGCGGAGUUCCACUGUGGUGAAGGAAGGCUGGAUGGUUCAUUAUACCAGCAGAGACAACUUGAGAAAGAGACAUUACUGGCGGCUGGACAGCAAAAGUCUGAGUCUCUUUCAGAACGACACAGGAGCCAAGUUCUAUAAAGAAAUCCCUCUGUCUGAGAUUCUCCAGGUAGAGCAGUGCAGAGACUACAAUAAUCUGGCCCAAGGGAGCAAUCCACACUGCUUUGAGAUCAUCACAGCUACCAUGGUCUACUAUGUGGGGGAGAACAAUGGCAAUCAUUACCACAGCCCUGCUCUGGCUGCCUCAGGAGUCGGCAUGGAGGUGGCUCAAGGAUGGGAGAAGGCCAUCAGACAGGCCCUGAUGCCAGUCACACCUCAACCUAGUGUGGCAAGUGCAGGCCCGGGCAAAGAUCAUCGAGAGCUGUCCAUCAGCAUAUCUGUGUCCAACUGCCAGAUUCAAGAGAAUGUGGAUAUUGCCUCGGUGUACCAAAUAUUCUCAGAUGAAGUGCUGGGAUCAGGACAGUUUGGCAUUGUGUAUGGAGGUAAACAUAGAAAGAGUGGCAGAGAUGUGGCCAUAAAGGUUAUUGACAAGAUGAGAUUUCCUACCAAACAAGAGAGCCAGCUGAGGAAUGAGGUGGCCAUAUUGCAGAAUCUGCAUCACCCAGGUAUUGUCAACCUGGAAUGCAUGUUCGAGACACCAGAGCGGGUGUUUGUAGUGAUGGAGAAGCUGCAUGGCGACAUGUUGGAAAUGAUCCUGUCUAGUGAGAAGAGCAAACUGCCUGAACGAAUCACCAAGUUUUUAGUUACACAGAUUCUGGUGGCCUUGCGACAUCUGCACUUCAAAAACAUAGUUCACUGUGACUUGAAGCCUGAGAAUGUACUGUUGGCCUCUGCAGAACCCUUUCCUCAGGUAAAGCUGUGUGACUUUGGCUUUGCCCGCAUCAUUGGUGAGAAGUCUUUCCGGCGAUCGGUAGUGGGCACUCCAGCUUACCUGGCUCCAGAGGUCCUGCGUAGUAAAGGCUACAAUCGCUCGUUAGACAUGUGGUCUGUGGGAGUUAUUGUGUACGUCAGCUUGAGCGGGACGUUCCCUUUCAAUGAGGACGAGGACAUCAACGACCAGAUUCAAAAUGCUGCCUUCAUGUACCCCCCUACCCCCUGGAAGGACAUUUCGGCAGAAGCCACAGAUCUGAUCAAUAAUCUCCUUCAAGUGAAGAUGAGGAAGAGGUACAGUGUCGACAAGUGUCUCAGCCAUCCUUGGUUGCAGGACUAUCAGACAUGGUUGGACCUCAGGGACUUCGAGACGCGACGAGGCGAACGCUACAUCACCCACGAGAGCGACGACGCACGUUGGGAGGAGUACGCAGACGAGCACAGUCUUGUUUACCCCAAACACUUUAUCAUGGCGCCCAACCUAGAUGACAUGGACGAGGAUCCCUAGUGGCACAGGGGACUUUGCACAACAUUUAUUCAGGAAGAUCACAGGGGACUUUUUGCAUCAAACCAGGGGAGUGUUUGCUAUGGAAACAGAGAAAGGCUCACGAUGUGCGGGAAAGCCCACGUUUGUAGCAUGUGUCACCGCUACAAGUUGUAAGAUGAGCAUGUGCACCACUGAAAAACAAAAACUGUGAGCAGAGAUGAGCUUUCUCCUCUUUGCAUCAUACCAACACCUUCCACGGAUAUAAGGACAAGCGUACCGAGAUAAACUUGAUUGUGUCAUUGUUUUAUACAGUUUUGGUUCUUUUGAGUAAUAAUAAGGUUCUGUUCUUUGUGUGAGAGAAAGAUAGAGCUUAUCCCAGGAUUAAAGGGCCCUUUUCACAAGGGAUUUGGAGUCUUGAGAAUUGAUCACACAUACUGUUAGUUCUCAUUUCCAAACGGUUUGUGAGACUGUCCUUUGGCAUGAAACUGGAGCAAUCACAUGUAUUUUGUAUGUUGUUUUAAUGUAUUUAGUAAUUGUGGUGGUGUUUUGCACUAUAUUGCGUUGAACAUUCCGAUGGAACAGAAAGUCCAUUUGCUGCUACAGAGGGCUUGUCUGGUCUCUGUGAACAGUGUUCAAUAAUGACAAUCAGUGAAAAGUAGCUGGUGUGUGCCUAUACUUUCUUCAACGUGAGUGUAAGAGGAUCCAUCACCUAAACAAAAAAAAUUGUGGAGUUCUAUCAACCCAGAAACAGUCAGUACAAUCAUCCAUUUUUGACUUCAGUGUUUGUCUAAAACCAGCAAUGUGAGCAUUUUAUUUCUAUUUACUAGUUUAAAUGGGACUCAGUAAGCAUCCAUUUUAAGGAAUGUGAUUUUUUGUUUUUUUUAUGAUUUGUUUUUUUAAUAUAAUGCUCUGCAGAGCGCAGAGGUGCCACAUAGAACAAAACUGUCCAUUCCAUGUGCAAACUAAUUGCGUGUAUGAUGUUGUCUGAAUAGUUUUAGUACAGUAUUGAAAAGUUCAUGUCAGAGUAGUGUACAACAUUUUUGUAGUUAACUCUGCUAUUGUGCUUUGGGAGUACAUUCGAGUUUUCCUUAAAUCUUAUCUUUGUUGCCACUGGAUUGGCAGGUGUUUUGUACCUUUCUUUGCAUACUGUUUAAAAUAAAGACCAAACUUCUUAA